UGUUUCCCUUUGUUUCUUUUCAGUUUGAGGUUCUGAAGGCUCUUGAUCUUAAGGAGUGUAUUCUGGAGAAACAGAGGCUUGAAUGAGGAGAACUAAAUCUACAUCUCCAAUGGACACCAAGGGGUUUGGUGAGCUUCUUCAGCAAGCUGAACAGCUUGCCGCUGAGACUGAGGGCAUCUCCGAGCUUCCUCCUGUGGAGCGGAACUUACAGGAGAUCCAGCAGGCAGGAGAGCAUCUGCGUUCCCGUACCCUCACACAUACAUCCCAGGAGACAGCAGAUGUCAAGGCGUCCGUUCUUCUUGGGUCACGAGGGCUUGAUAAAUCCCACAUCUCCCAGAGAUUGGAGAGUCUGAGUGCAGCCACCACCUUUGAACCUCUUGAGCCUGUGAAGGACACGGACAUUCAGGAAACAGCAGAAGCUCCAGAAUAAAACGGGACCGGACAUCCUGACAGUGACAGAUGGUUUGUUACCUGGGCAGUGCCAUGUUGUACUGCCAAGGUCUGCCACCUGUGGCUCCAGAACUGCCUUCAGCACCAGUGGAUCUGCUGAGCCUGAAAAUGGCACAGCUCCAAGAUCACUCUUGCAGACUCUGCUGCCACCUGCUGAGUGAGAGCAGCUAGGCUUCUGCAUGAAUACACCAUAAAAAUACGACAGCAUCAAAUGAAUUUCAGUUGGUUUUGUCAGUCUUGUCUGCCUAAGAUCACUUUUGGUGGGGGGAUCUUUUGGAGACAGGGUCUCCCUGUAGCCCCAGCUGGCCUAGACCUUGCUAUGUAGACCAGGCUGGCCUUGAACUCACACAAAUCCACCUGCCUCUGCCUCCUGAGUGCUGAGAUUAAAGGCUUGCACCACCACGCCCGGCUACGAUCACUUUCUUUGGAGAUAUUAUUUAAGAGAUACAUGUAGUCUGUGAAAAAAUGAUUUAAAGUACUAAAGUUUUGUAGAAAACAACCAGCAGGACUUACUUUAUAUAUCUGAGUUGGGGAAUAAAGUUUGGACUUUAUUAUUCAUACAGAGGGAGAUCUGGCCUCCCGUGCACCUUGUAAAUGAUAUUUUAUGUAUUCUCAUUUUAUUCCAAUAAUAACUAUCUGAUAAAAUAGCCAAGUACACUAUAAGACCUUAUAGAAAUUCUCUAACUUAAAAUUUGAAAAUACCCAAAUUUAAAAGUUCCUGCUUUUUAAAUUUAUCAGUAAUGCACAUCUUUGCAUUUGACAGUUCCUUGAGGAGGCAUCAAUCUAGUGCCAUAAAAAGGAGCCAGUGAGACCGUCCAUACCAUUUGAGAAGUUCUGAGUCUCUCAGUCCUGGCCAAAUUUCUGUGGUGCUCGUCUGAAAUUAACUUUGCUCAUUUUCCCAUUAAGAAGGAGCUUUACCUUUAUACAAAUUCCACCCCAAAGAAGGUUUCAGAAAAUGUCACUUGUCAGAAAAGGAGAAGGUUUGGGAGAAGCUAGGAGAGCAGGCAUUUUACAUGGAAUGAGCUGAAGGAACCAAUGGCAUGGCGCAGCUCAUGCUGCUUUCUGUUGAAUCCAGUCUCUUCUCCAGCACCGACCAAAGUCUUAGCGAGUCCUUGACAGUGCCCUUUAAUACUUGCUUCAUCUUGGGACCAGAAUUAUUCUAAUUAUCUUUUCAGUUUUUAAAAUUUCUUUUUCUUUUUUAUUUUGCUAUCUUUUUUGUCU